AACAUCUGGCCAUCUUGACGAAAGAACGUCUGGUCGCCCGAGAUCAUUAACGACGUGACGUCAUCGGAUAGACUCCGCCCAGUUGUUUUUGUUCCGCCGAGAGAGCCUAGCCAUCGGCUUUGAACCAAAUAACGCUGCGGUAAAGGACGUGAGCUGCUUCAUAUAUUUAUUUAUUUAUUUAUUUGUUUUUCAUUCGUUUAUUUUUUUUUAUAGUCAGACACAUUAGUUUAGCUGAACUUCUCGGAGUUUGAGGCUGAGAGCUCGGAGCGGAAGUCACGUCAGCUCCAGCUGAUUCUCCCUCUCUGGGCGUUUCGGGCACCAGAGAUGGGUCUCCGUGGAGCAGGAGCCCUCGCUGGAAGCCUCCGUUGACCAGGAUGCCCUCCACUCCCGUGGAAGUGGACGCUGCCGUUGUGCUGCUGGGGGCGAGUGUCACUGCCAUCACACACCCGCUGCUCUACGUCAAACUGCUCAUUCAGGUGGGACACGAACCUCUCCCUCCAGCUGUUGGGACAACAAUGUUUGGGAGACCAGUUCUGUACCUGCCUGGUUUAUUUAGCUAUGCUCAGUAUAUUCUCAAGGUGGAUGGAAAGGUGGGACUCUUCCGGGGUCUCUCACCUCGUAUUGUAUCCAGCACCAUCUCCACUGUGGCCAGGGGCAAAAUUAAACGGAGGGAGCUUCAGUCCAAAAAAGAUGAGCACCAGAAUACCUUUAGGAAAUUGGUCCAAGAGACAUCCCAUGAGAUGAUCUUCCAGUGCCUGUCCAGAGUGGCCACCCAUCCUUUUCAUGUCAUAUCGGUGCGCUGCAUGGCCCAGUUCAUUGGCAGAGAGACCGAGUACAGCGGUGUAUUCAGUUGUAUGGUGAAGAUAUUGAAGGAGGAAGGAUUGUCUGGAUUAUAUUCCGGCUUUGUUCCACAUGUGCUGGGAGACGUCCUCUUCCUGUGGUGCUGUAACCUACUGGGCUACUUUAUCAACACCUAUGCUGCAGACGACAGCUUUAGUCAGGCGUCAACAAUAAGAAGCUACACAAAGUUUGUGAUGGGCAUUUCACUGAGUGUUCUGACUUACCCAUUCACGCUGGUUGCUGUUGUAAUGGCCGUCAACAACUGUGGACUGGCUGCAGGUCUUCCUCCUCGGUUUCCUGUCUUUAAAUCCUGGCUGCACUGCUGGAAUCAUCUGAGUGCCGAGGGUCAGCUCUUCAGAGGCUCCAGGCUCUUUUUCCGCCGGGCGCCCGUGACUCUACCGCUUUCUGUUGAAGAUUAACGUGGUCAUCACUUGUUGGGAUGAAACAGGAGAUCUCACCCCCGAGCUAUGUUCUUGAUAAAGUAGAGGAGGCAGUGCUGGUCAUCGUUCAUCAGGUUUUUUUUACAGAAUUUGGGGAACAUUCAGCCCACUGCACUCCAGUAACUGUGACCAGUACGCACCACAGCUCUGAUGUCUUCACUGCAGCAACAAGGGACUGGUCUGAUUAACUGGAGAAAAUGUACUGAUGGCCUUAAUGACAAUUAAUUUUGCCCUCUUUCAAGUUUUUUGUUUUUAUAUAAAUUUUUGCCUUCAUUUUACUUCCUGUUUGAUCACAUGGUGCUGUUUUUUGUUUUGAGCCAAUCCAUGUCAUUAUAUUCCGUUAUUCUUUGCACCUGUGUCGCUCCCUGAUUGUUUCCCUUCUCUCAGUCACAAACACGCUGCCAGAUUAUCAAACGCUUUCAGCGAGGAGUUUUCCAGCACUCCCAUGUUGCCCUCAUGGUUGCAAAUACGCUCGUUUCCCGAAUUUGCCCCUUUUGACUUGACUAUUGCUGUUUGCUCAUCUGGAUCUCGGCCCACUCCCAUGGAUUUUGCUCUUUGCCCCGUCGUGCGUGACCUCGGCCCGUCUGACCAAGGAUUUGGAUCUGGACUUCUGCUUCUUCAGAGUUAGUGUUGGGAUGCGAAGCGAUCUCAGCAGAGAUCUGUCCAUCUAUCCUCCUGGUCAGAUGGUUGGGAAUUCACUUAUGUGGAAUCUAACAUUUAAGGUUAUUAGAUUCCAGUUUAGAUGCAUAAUUAUCAGCACUUUCACUGGAAACCAAUGAAUUGUUGGAAAAACAAAAAAAUUUGGUAAAAAAACAAAAAAUUACAUUAGAAUAUUUUAUGCAUUUAUUGCAUGCCACAUUAAAUAACUUUUGUUUUGUGGUCAGAUUUGACCUAUAAAAUACCAAUUUAGCUACUAACGAGAUGUUUCAGUUCACCAAUAUUUGACACACAAAAAAAUGAAUGAUAGGAAAUUCAAACAGGAUGAAGUGACUCAAUUUUAAACACAGUGAUGAGUGAAACUGUGCAUUCCCAGUUCAGCAUGGCCACCGAGGAUCAGAGCAGCAGCAGUAAAAGUCAUCAUGCUGAACAGACGACCAACCACAUUAAAACUUACAGGAGAAACAAACACAUUUACAGUCCAAAGUCUAAGAUGAAACAUUCACAAUUCUAUAAGAUGGUGCAAAAUAAAAAUGCAAUCCAUUAUUGAUAAAAAGCGGUCACUGAGUCAACCUGGGAUGUUCUGAACCUCUAGAAAACCUGCAGUUUUGGGGUUAAUACACAAGAAAUAAAGCUACGUUUUUUUAAUGUUU